AUGGUCAUCCGUCCGUCGUCCGUCGCGCGCGUCCUGUGCCGCCGCUUCUCGUCCGCUGCCAGCCCCCAUCUCAAGCAGACUCCUCUACAUGAUCUGCACGUGUCUCUUGGUGGUAAAAUGGUCCCAUUUGCGGGCUACGCCAUGCCUGUGCAAUACAAAGCAGGCGUCCUGCAGUCUCAUCUCCAUACUCGGGAAGAAGGCCAUGCCUCGCUCUUUGACGUCUCGCACAUGGGCCAACUGCGGAUCACAGGCUCGGACCGUCUCGCGUUCCUUGAGAGUGUGGUCGUAGGUGAUCUACUGGCUCUAAGCUCUGGAGAAGCCAAGCUCAGUCUCUUGACCAACGAUCGCGGCGGCAUCAUUGAUGACUGCGUCAUCAGUCGCUAUGACGAUCACGUGUACGUGGUCGUGAACGCUGGCAAUCGAGACGUGGAUCUUGUGCAUUUGCACCACCACCUUGAGAAUUUCAAGGGAGACGCAGCGAUCGAGUGUCUGGACGACCACUCGUUAGUCGCUCUUCAAGGUCCAGGGGCAGCUGAUGUGGUCGAGAUGUUGAAGUCCAAGGUAAAGCUGCAAGACCUUGGGUUUAUGCACGGAGCAUUGACGCCGUUGACGCUACCGGACGGGAACCAAGUGGACGUGGUGUUGACACGAUGUGGGUACACUGGAGAAGACGGGUUUGAAAUCUCUGUCCAGAACAAGGACGUGCACGCGCUGGCCCGCGCGUUGCUUGAAGAUGAACGUGUGCUGGAAGCAGGUCUUGGAGCCCGUGACAGUCUUCGUCUUGAGGCGGGAUUGUGUCUCCAUGGGCAUGAUAUUACAGCCAGGACGACGCCGAUUGAAGCCAUGCUGGCUUGGACGAUUGGCAAACGUCGCCGUGAGCAAGGAGGGUUUCCUGGCCACGAGAUCAUUAUGGAUCAGCUGAUGAACAAGUCAGCGACGAAAAAGCGCAUUGGGUUUGUCGUGGAAGGAGCAGCCGCGCGAGAAGGUGCUGAGCUUUUCGAUGCUGACGACAAGGUCGUGGGUCGUGUGACGAGUGGCAUGUUCAGCCCGUCGCUCAAGAAAGCGAUUGGAAUGGCGUACGUGGACAAGAGCUCGGGAAAGCUGGGCACCGAGCUGCAUGUCAAGGCUCGUAACAAAGUGCAGAAGGCUGUCAUCACCAAGAUGCCUUUUGUGCCAGCCAAUUACUACAAGAAGGAAUAG